AUGGUCUUCACGCCGACUACUCUCUUCAAGAACAUCCCUUGCCCUGAGGGCGAGGCAUGUGUCUUGACCAACUGCAUCUAUGCACACGACACCAAACCCGAGGAGAAAGCAACGGUCACACAAGCAAUCUCCACUGGGACUGCAAAGUCUAGACAGAGCACAGAUGAGGCCGGAGAGCCUGCAUCUAAGCGACGGAAGGUCACCUACGGCAGUCUCGCAGACAAACCGCCAAGCCGAGCCGACCUGAUUCGCAAUCAGUUAGCGGAGACUCGCGCCAAACCAGACAACGCAAACAGCGGCGCCAAAACUCCAUCAAGCCUUGUGAAGCCGGUCUCUCCUCCGCCGACCACAACCGGCAAGGCCACGUCACCUCCUGGCCCCAAUCCGGAGACAGCAGCAACAGGAACAAACGCCAAUGCCAAAAAGUCCACAGAGCCGGAGAAGGCUGAGUCACUCAAUCCACGUUUGGUGUCCAAUGAUCCAGCUGGUCACCAGAAGAGGUCAUUGUACCUCAAGCACUUGCACGCUGAAAUGGUCAGACUGAAUCGACUCGUAAAGGAGCAAGAUGGUCUCGAGUCGAAACACCUUCUAUUUCUGAGCGAGCAGAAACUCAUCAAGCUGGCUCUGGAUGAGGAAGAAAAGCUUGCGCGCGAGCAGAAGACGAUGUAUGCGAAUGUGGUGAAGCAGCGCAUCGCCUCGCUGAGGAAAAUGAAGAUCGACGAUUGGAUCAAGCAUGUUCAAUCAUCCCUUAGCCCGAAUGAACCCAAGCAGCCAAGCAAGGGGAAGCGCAUCGAUACGGAUCUGCCACCUGAGCAGGAGCACUUAAUCCUACCGCAACUCGUUGCAGAUCAGAAGCCGCUUGCUGCGUUUGGAUACGUCCCAGUACCUCCAACUCUUGAAGAGGCCGCCGAGGCUGCAGCUGCUGUGGAGGCCUCUCAGAAUUACGAAAUCUGUGAUCGAUGCUCGGGACGAUUUCAGGUAUUUCCAGAGCGCAACGAGGAAGGCCUACUGGCAGGUGGGCCAUGUGUUCAUCAUCCAAACCGGAAGGUAUAUCCACCUAGAGCCAAGACCGACAGGGAGACCGGGGAGAAGCAGCCUUAUUACCCGUGCUGCAAUGAGGUAGUGGGAAUGGUAGGAUGCACGAGAAACAACGAGCAUGUCUUCAAGACCAGCAGCCCGGCGCGACUUGCAGCAACGCUGCCCUUUAUCAAUACGCCGGAGAAUCCUUCGCCGGCCAAAGACCGACGCGGCAAGGAGGUGAGAGCCGUGACUUUCGACUGUGAAAUGGGCUAUACAGCAAAGGGACUGGAGCUGAUACGUCUGACUGCUGUGACUUGGCCUGCCGGCGAAGAGCUACUGGAUAUACUUGUCCGGCCAGUUGGUGCAAUCAUCGACCUCAACAGCAGAUUCUCUGGCGUCUUCCAUGAGCAUUAUAAGAAGGCGAUUCCCUACGAUGAGUGGAAGGCCUCUCCGCCACGACCCUCUCCUGAAGAUGCAGAUUCAAAGCAGCUUCCAAUUGUGGAGAGUCCAGCGCGAGCAAGAGAGCUAUUGUGCACUUUCAUCACACCGAAGACUCCUCUGAUCGGCCAUGCAAUCGACAACGACCUCAAUACAGUCCGUCUGUGCCAUCCUACGAUUGUUGAUACCGUCGUCCUAUUUCCGCAUCCACGUGGUCUCCCAAUGCGAUUUGGCCUCCGGAUGCUGGCUCAAAGGCAUCUCGACCGCGCCAUCCAAACGGGCGGAGAUCGAGGUCACGAUUCGAAGGAGGAUGCCGUAGCCACUGGAGACCUGGUCCGAGUGAAGGUGGCCGAGAAAUGGAAGCGCCUACGGGCAUCGGGUUGGCAGAUUAUCGACAACCAGCUGAUUCCGCCGCCACCUCUUCAGCAGAGCACUAUCGAUGCACAGACGGCCAUUGAAGAGCAAAGCGCCAAGGCUAUGGUGGAGAAGGCGGUGUUCGGAUUUGGGAAGAAACGGAAGAGUCGAGCGAGUACGGACGGAGCAGACGACGGCGGAGACAGCGAUGAAGGAGACCGGUCAAACGUGGACCUUCUCAAGGCGGCUUUCACAUAG